AUGAGUUACGUCGCUAAAGGCAAAGAUGAAUACGUUGAAGAAGCACCAAAGGUCCACCGAAUCCGAAUCACCUUGACAUCUCGUAACGUCAAAGCUUUGGAAAAAGUUUGCUCGGAUUUGAUUGGCCGUGCAAAAGAAAAAAACUUAAAAGUUAAAGGUCCUGUACGUUUGCCUACUAAAGUUCUUAGAAUCACCACCCGAAAAACUCCUUGUGGUGAGGGAAGUAAAACUUGGGAUAGAUAUGAGAUGAGAAUUCAUAAGAGAUUGAUCGAUUUGAAUUCCCCCAGCGAAAUCGUUAAACAAAUUACUUCCAUCUCUAUUGAGCCCGGUGUUGAAGUAGAAGUCACGAUUGCUUCUUAA